UGACUUUUCUUUUAGUUUAUUUUCUUUCUUUAUUUACUUGUGCCUAAAACUUAUAAAUGGCUUCAGUUUGUAUGUAUAGUAGUGUGGAUGAUACUAAACUACAAUACAAAAAUAAAUGAAUGCGGGCCCAUUCAAGUGAGACGCACAGCGAAAGUGCAACUGCCUAUUCUGUCCGGCUUGUCCACGGAGUUUUUUUGUUUUGUUUGUAUACCGACGUGCGAAAACAAAUUAAUUUUAGCUGCUAAAAAAUAAACAUGGCUUCGGUUUGCUCAGAGUUUCUAGACUGGGAUCUAGUGGACGCGAGUUCGCUCAAUAAUGGAUUAAAAGAUGGAAAACAACUGUGUGCGCCGCUCAGAAGGGUCUACAACCUCAACAAGAGGAAGGGGUCGCCGCAGAGCGUCCGUCUUUUCCAUGUCAGCCUAUCUCCUGCGUCCUCCUCUCGGACACCAACUGCCCUCAUGUCUUCCCUCACGACAUCCAUCGACCUUCUCUUUGCUCUUCCUCUCGCUCUCUUGCCUGGCAGCUCCAUCCUCAUCAUCACCAUCCUUCGACCAAUAUACUCACCAUUUCUCCUCUGGACGUGUCCAAACCAUCCAAUCCUUCGCUGCCUUUGUGGCGUCCAAGCGAGAAGCCGGCUCCGAGGCGGGAGGGAGACCAUCUUGGCGCUGCUGCGGCCUUGCCUUUGCCAAGCAGGUCGCCGUUCACCAGCACGUGGCCGGGACGCACGCCGGUGAGAUCCAGCGGCUGGCGCGGGCCCAAUACGAGCGCAUGCUCAGCCACCGGCAAGAGGAGGAAACAAAUGACAUCAAACCAUGUGAAAGCUUGUCCGUGGACAUCUCCUUGUGGAUGCCAGACAUUAGUCACAUCCCUCACGAGCAGCUUGAGAAAGGCCCCGGCCAAGUUCUGCUGUACUAUCGCUACUGCCACGUGGAGGAGCCGCACGUUGUCUGCGCUUGGCAGAGAGCUCUGUGCCAGCGCCUCCACUUAACCGGCAAGGUGAGGGUGGCCACAGAGGGCAUCAACGGAACAGUGGGCGGUACCCGCAUCGCCGCUGAGCUCUACGUGGACGCCGUGUGCUCGCAUCCUCUUUUCCACAUGGACAAAGAUGAUUUCAAGACAAGCGAUGGCGGUCCUGAGUGUUUUACGGAGCUGAAGGUGGGGGUCUUCAAGGAAAUUGUCCCGAUAGGAUUGGACCCUGAGGUCCUCUCCUACCAACUGGCAGGAGUUCAUCUGGAGCCGGAGGAAUUUCACAAAGAAGUGGAGGCCCUGGUGGCCGAAGCGGGUUCGUUGCACAGCGACACCGUCCUGCUGGACUGCCGCAAUUUUUACGAGAGUAAAAUCGGUCAGUUCUCGCACUGUCUAGCCCCCGACAUCCGCAAGUUCAGCUACUUCCCAGACUACGUGGACAGUAACCUCGAGCUCUUCCGAGACAAGAAGGUGCUCAUGUACUGCACCGGAGGCAUCCGCUGCGAGCGAGGAUCAGCUUACCUCCGCUCCAAAAACGUGUGCAAAGAAGUUUACCAGCUAAAAGGCGGAAUCCACAAGUACCUCGAACGCUUCCCGGACGGCUUCUACCGCGGGAAGCUCUUCGUUUUCGACGAACGCUACGCCAUCUCCCGCAACGAGGAUGUCAUCGCAGGUUGCAGGUACUGCGGACGCCCCUGGGACCGCUACCGGCUUUGCACCACGCGCUUCUGCUGCCAGCUGGUGCUCUCCUGCCCCACCUGCCGCUCGGAGGGGCGCACCGCCUGCUGCCCCGGCUGCCUCACCGGAGGCGCGCGCCGCAAAGAGGAGUGCGACUGCACCGACGGACGUCCCGGGAUCCCUCUUGACGUGAACGACGAUGGCCCACUUCAUUAGGUACACUCGGUAGAAGCUAGCAGGUUUUUGGACCGUCUUCUACGGCUAAAUGAGGCGACCAAAAAUAUCGGGACUUGGUUUCGGUGUGACGCAGCAUGCGUCAAACUACAACCACAAUAAUAAACACAUGGUUAAACUCAGUGGGUACGGAUGAGGGAUUGAAUCCAUGAGUGGACGAGUGGAUGAGUGGACUUUCCGACUCCUCAUCGACCUUUAAAGCUGUAAUCGACGAAGCGAUAAUUGUGUGUUUUUGGCACCUCGCCUUCCAAUUGACCAAUUUACAGUUGGACUUUGGACUCACCCCGUCUGCUGCAGCAUUUUAUUAUUCUUAUUAUUUUUUCAAUUAGUUUCUAUGGAUGUCUGUGAAAUGCGUCUUUAUGCGAAACCGGAAUAAAAGGUUGGUGACCGCCGUACUGUGCUGAGAAAAUAUCAGUGAAAAAAAUCUGAAGUCGUUCAACCCCAAGUACAAAUACAUUAUAGUACUUCAGUUAUCUGCACUUAUUGAUUUUCCAUACGGCAUUUUACUCUUACUCCCUAUAUUUGAAAACAGAUCACUUUUCUUUCCCAACAACAUGAUUUUCAAAAAAGACGUAAAUAGAGCGGGAGAGAGGUAAAGUCAACAGUGGUUGAGAUCUCGAUUGAUUGAGAUCUUAUAAAUUGGGAGGGGGUGGGGGGAGAAACAGCUGCAACGUGGAGGCAAUAGAUUAAGAGAAACAAAAUAUUCCCCAUCCAUGGCGAAUAUUUAAGAGGAGUGUUUGAUGAUGUUUGCUACGAGAAUGAUUCAUGGAGAAUGGAUUGUAUCUUGUGCCAGCCUAAGAACCGCCGGCUUCUUCUGUUUAACAAGUUUCAGACUAAUCUGACUGACAACACAUGCAAGUGUGGCGCAUUUAUUCCAGCUGACGUCUGGUCGACAAUUGUUUUGAUGACAAAGGCCUGAGCCAACCUCACUUGUUGUUGCUUUAAAAACAAGAACAACUGACAUGUAUCUCAUUCGAUUCAGCAGGUGUACCUAAUGAAGUGUCUGCUGCACUUUACAUGGCUUGAAAAGGGCUCUUAGUUGUUUACGUUUGUUCCCUUUGGUCUAUUUUACCAAUAAAAGACUAAUUUGAAUGCAAACUGA